CAAACAUGACGUCUCUGAAACAUCUCCAGUCCAAGUACGCAAGGGGGUGAGGCGUAAAACCGAGCAUAGCGAUGGCGGUGUAGACUGAUGGCAUCUUUGGACAGUAAAUGAUGUGUUGCUAACGCAGUACCGCUUCAUCGUCCUUGUCUUGCCUUUUCAAUCGCGCCGCCCUCAGACUCCGGCUGCCCGUCCUUCUCGACCGCGAGGAACGCCGCCGUCGCUUCUUCCCCAGAGCUCUGGAAUGCUCGCUUCGCUCAUUAACAACUACCGCCCCAAAGGCAAGAAGGCUGCUGCUGCUUCUUCUGCGGCGAAGCCGACCACUCCGUUUUCCCGGCGCACCGCAGAUCCGGCUUCCUCCCAGCCAUAUGGCCCGCAGGUGUACGACAUCGGCGGGGCCAAGUCCUCCUUCGAGGACGGCGACGCCGCGUCGUCGACGCGCUCGUUCGAACCCACUGCGUCCCACGUAUCAGCAGCCCCCACCGAAUCUGUCGUCUCACCGCGGGUGGACAUCGACAUUGAUUUCACGCCCGCGGACUGGUUCCCAUCGCACUUUCUCAAAACCGACUCCGUCGUCGGGCCAGGCGUCCUGGGCGGCAGGAGCAUCGCGGACGUCUUGGCGGCCCCCCCACCCGGGACCAGCAGCAGCAGCAGCAGCAGCAGGGCGGCGGCAGCGGCAGUGGCGGACUCGUUUGAUGUGGGGAACGAUGAUGGAUUGGAAACCGAGGACGAGGAUGAUGAUGAUGAUGAUGUGCUGGAUGCCGAUCAGCAGAUGCCCGGGCUGUCAAAUCGCAAGGGCGCGCCCGCCCCGAUCAAAAUCCCCAACGUCGCGAUCCAUGCACCCAAGGUCCAGAUCGACCGCUCCGCCUCGACAGUCUCGCGCCCCGAAUCCAUGUUCUCGCUGGAAGGCGCGUCGGCGAUCUCCGGCACGACACUCGCGCGCGCCCUCAUCGGCGACGCGUUCGUGCUCUCGCACGACCGGUCCUCGCGCUACCGCAGCGGCGCGUCGGUCCUCACGCGCUCCGACUCCGCCACGCUCCCGCGCGGCGACUUCCUCUUCUCGCCCGGGCGCAGGAGCGGUCCGCUGAGCGGCACGUUCACGCCGCUCGAUGCGGACGGCGUGGUCCCGCCCAUGCCGGAUCUGCCGGCCGAGGUGAAGCGCGCGAUCGCGGAGUCCCGGGACCGCCUGCGCGUCGACGACGAGAGCGAGAGGAGUCCCGGUGCUGGGUUUAGGUCGGGCGCGGAGGCUCGGACUCCGGACACUGCGGUGUCUGAAACCCCCAUAUCGCGGAUCACGGAAUCCAGUUCGCCUGUGUCUCUCGACCCCCCCGCGUCUGAGAAUGCAGAGUCCGAGCCGACGACGCCGUCGCGUCCUCCCCUGGUGCACGUUGGGCUGUCCCCGUCGGCGUUCCCUAUUUCGCCCGGCCAGGAAUCCACCGCGGCCACGUCUGAAGCGCGCUCUUCCCGUGAUAUCGGGGACGUGCUCGACUACUACAACUUUGAUUCUAGUCCAGGAGGAGGGUCGGACCGGAGUGGUUUCGAUCCGCCGAGUCCUGAUUCUGGACCGCUUGAGGGCCAGCAGCUGCUAGGUCCCGCGCGCUUCCAGCCCGCGUUCUCUCCAAUAACGGAGGAGGACUCGUUGUCCCAGUCCCAGCUAUCCCCGGAUUCGAUCCGGUCGCGGAUGACGGGUGCGAAGUCGCUGGCGCCCUCUCCGUCUUCCUCUCCAGCCAGUGCACGAUGGCCUGGCGACGUGCGCAUCCUGCCACGAACACCAUCUGGGAACAUGACUAUGAUUCCCUCCCCGCUUACGAUUCCUCCCACAAAUUCGCUCCGCCCAUCCUCCGCAGCCAUUGACGAGGAUGACGAGGAACUCGAUGGUGAUGAUGGCGACGACGGCGACGAUAACGAGUUACUGCCUCCCCCGCGAGGUAUUUUUGCCCGCCAACGCGCAGGCGGCGCCCCGAGCCCCAUCCAAGUCGUGCGCGACUCGCGCGAUCCCAAUGCGUACAACAUCACGGUCACGCAGCGCGCAGAGCCGUCGUCAGCCGGGUCGACGCCCGCGACGGAAUACGAUUUCAGUCGCCAGCAGUCGUUCCCUGAGACCCCGAGCGCGUUCAGCCCGCUGUUCAGCUCGGGCAUCGACAGCGAGCAGCGGCAUUCGAUGAUGCCUCCCUCCACGGGCACCGCGUCGGCGAAUGGAUUGCCGAGUCUCGCGCAGCAGGUGUUGCUUUCGAGGGCCUCGACGUCUGUGAGGGGAGGACGGCAGUCGCGCGCGAGGAAUCGGAGCACCGCGAUCUGGCCGAGUGCGAGUGUGAGCGCUGCGGUCAAGGACAUGCUGCCUGUGUCACCGGACCAGGGGCCUCUCUGCGAUGAAGAAAAGCAGCAGAUGGUCGUUGUGGAGGAGGAAGUGGAGGCAGAACCAGAGCCAGAGCCAGAGCCAAAGGCGGAGACGGUCGAGGAAUUGCGCACACCAUCUGAACCGCCGGAUUCCGCAUCUGUGUAUUCUGCAUCGGUGCAAUCCUUCCGAUCUAGAGCAGCGCAGAGGUUAUCGCAAGCGUCCAUGCAGGCGGAGCCAGUCGAGGAUCCCAAGCGCCAGAAGCCACUGCCCGCGAUGCCGAAUUCUCCCGUCGAGUCUGAGUUGGAGAUGGAUAUGCCCGGGGCGACUUCCUCGACAUCGCUCCGUGCAGCUUCGAUUGCCGCUUCGGUCUCGGCCUCGGCCUCGCCACACACCGAGCCCCUGCCUCUCUCCCGCCGCUCGUCAACUAAAUCUUCCGACGAGGCGGCGCCAGCGUUGGGCUCGCCUCCGCCGUAUUCGGUGAACGACGGACACUCGACACCGGAUUCCGAUCAGUUCGUCACGCCGCGCCUUUCUGUGCAAUCCGUCGUCGCCACCCCUGGGCCCUCCCGGCGCAGUCGGGCGCGGCCGCCUCUGCCAGUCGGUCCGCGGCGGCCGAGCACGUCUGGGCCGGCCGCCGCGGCGCUCCAAGGCCCGCGCAACCGGAAUGGAUCUGUAUCGUCCGUUGCCAGCACGCCAGGGGGGCGCCGAGUGACGUCCACGGCGCCGCGGUUCCAGACGCCUCCGAUCAAGUGGCGCGGGUACACGAUGGAGGCGGCCAAGUGGACGUUCUCGUCGUCGCAGCUGCAGGACAUCGUCUCGCGGGCGAUCCGGCAGUCGUCCGAGGCGUCGUCGAUCCGGCUGCUGAAUCUGGACACGGUGGACGUGGAGAUCCCCGAGGAGCUGCAUCGGCUGGAGAUGCAGCGGACGGAUGUGAAGACGCGCUACAAGAUGCUGACGCGGAAGCGCGCGGGGCUGCUUGCGUCGCUCGAUGCGUCCAUCGAGGUGGACGAGAUUCUGCGCGUGGUCGAGAGCGUGAAGGAGAUCUCGGCCGAGCUGGAUCGGCUGGCGGAGGAUCUGCAUUCCGCCGACGAGCAGAUCACGCAGCUGACGUCGCUGCGCGACGUGCACUCGUCGAGUGCGCUGGCGAUGGCGCUGCGGAAGCUGAACGCGAGCUUCCUGAAGCAGAUCACCGCGAGCGAGGCCCUGCGCGCGCAGAUCGAGAUGCUGCAGGCGGAGCGGGACGAGGCGUGGACCCAGGCGGUGGACGUCGCGCACGAGCUGGACGACCUGAGCGAGCGGAUGAGUCCGGGCGGGUACACCAACAACAACAACCGCCGGUCGAGCCGUGUGCUGGCGUCGAAGAAGUCGAGCAUCCGCAUGUCGAAGACGGGGCUGCGCUCGCGGCGGUCGUCAGUGAGCAGCAGCGUUGGGCCUGCACUCGACGACAUGGACAUCCCGCCGGUCCCGCCGAUACCGCGCCCGCACGAGAUUCGCACCUCGGGCCUGUCGGCCGUGUCGAGCGCGAAUUCCGAGACGAGGGCGCUGGACCAGGCGCAGCAAGAGCUGUACUCCAUGCUGGGCAUCACGGAUAUCCCCACGCGGAGACAGUCACAUGUUGAGCAGAGCCCUGGCGGCGCGCUCAGCUCGGCGCCCAGUCGGCCGUCGUCGUUGCCUGGGACCGUGUAUAAUAAUACUGAUGAUCGUAAUGCUAUGUUAGCCACACUGGGCCUGCUCAGUGACUAAUCCAUGUUGUGUGCCUAUCUCACUGCUAUUAAAUCUGAACUAUUCGCGCCUCAACACAUUCAUUUACGUUGAUAUUUAUCGUUGUAUUGUGUGGCUCAAGGAUCAAGCUAUCCCAUUUGCUGUGACUGCAUUGCGGGUGUCUACUCCUACGUGACGCACAACUUCCCUUCUCAGAUUUAGCCCGUCGAUCACGGUAAAGGGCCAUGUGGCCAAGGUUGCUGUUUGUGCAGUGCAUUCGAGCUGAAGCCGCUUCCUGGAAUUGCUUGGCCUUGCAUAACCCGAUCCCUCAUCUGAAAGUGCCUUCCUCCCAUUUGCCAUCAGCGUCGUUCGGCCACAUGACUGAGAAGUAUUUUCGAACGAGCGCGGGCAGAUGGGCAGUUGACUGACCAUGGUCUGAACGUGAACGCGUGAGCUGUCAACGUGCCUGCUCUAUUUCAGAACAUCGCAUCCUAAUAUAACAAAUAAGAAUGCCUUCUCUAUGCAGAUUGGCAUCCGCAGUCCUCCAUGUGGCCCUGUAUUUUGAUGUCGUGCGUCGGAGAACAGGCAAGAAGGUGUUUGCGGACGGCCGCGUGAGCAGAAUAUCCCGCGUUGCCGGCUGAUGAGCAAUCAUGCCAGCACAUGAGAAACAGAUUCCGGAAGCACGAACGUGGGGCCCUCCCACUGAGCAGGGGGGAUCCCCCACCAUAAAAGAAGGGGAACCAAGGAGACGGACGGUCGCGUUGCAGCACACCCCCGCUGGAAACCCAUCCGAUCCGCCCAUGGUCCUCCUCCGCCAGCUCACGAGUCUGCUCACCGCCGCAGUGUUGGUCGCCGCGAGCCCGGCCCCUGUGCCGGCCGGAAGCCGGUCCGAGAAGCGCCAGGCGAUCACGACGCUGUCGACCGCGCAGAUCGACGCGUUCACCCCGUACAGCAACUACGCCGCCGCGGGGUACUGCGCGGCAUCGGCGACGCUGACCUGGACCUGUGGGCCGCUGUGUGAUGCAAACCCCGGAUUCCGUCCUGUCGCAUCGGGCGGGGAUGGGAAUGGGGUGCAGUUCUGGUUUGUGGGGUACGAUCCCGCUCUGCAGACGGUGAUUGUGUCGUACCAGGGGACAGAUCCCAGCCAUAUCCUGUCUCUCGUCGAGGACGGGGAGAUCCUCCUCAAGGCCCUGGACCCGACGCUCUUCCCGGGCCUCCCGUCUGGAAUCGAGGCGCACACCGGAUUCGUGAACGACCAUGCUGCCACGGCGACCGACGUCCUCGCGGCGGUCAAGACCGCGCUGAGCACGUCCGGAUUCAGCAAGGUGACGAUCGUCGGGCACAGCCUCGGCGGCGCGCUGGGCCUGCUCUCGUCGGUCUACCUGCCGCUGUGGAUCCCGGGCGUGACGUUCCGCGCGAUCCUCUACGGCCUGCCGCGCGUCGGCAACACGGCGUUCGCGACGCAGGCGAGCAUCGGCAACAUCGUGACGCACAUCAACAACAAGGAGGAUUUGAUUCCGAUCCUGCCGGGGCGCUUCCUCGGCUACGCGCACCCGACGGGCGAGAUACAUAUCCAGGACUCGGGCGCGUGGGAGGCGUGCCCCGGCAUGGACAAUACCAGCACGCUGUGCAUCGUUGGGGAUGUCCCGAAUAUCUUUGACGGCGACGAGGCUAACCACGAUGGACCUUACAACGGGGUGGAGUUUUCGUCGACUUGCCCGACCUAAAAUGAAGGACAGGGUGAAUUAUCUAUGUGAUUUGAUCUAUUUGACGAGGGUGUUAGCACAUAUGUUUCAUUUGUAACGGAGUUUCAUUCAACAACCCGUUGUGGGCAUUGACAGAACACGGUUUUUGAGGGCCACGAUCGUCUGUUUGCAGCAAGUGAGCUAUUCGAUUCCUGCAUCAAUCGGGGCUCGACAGCAGCCCUCUCCUAAGCCUCUGUCGGUAGUUGUACCCCAGAAUCGU